CCGCCCCGCCCCGCACAUCACAGCAUUGCACUAGCAGCAGCAGCAGCAGACACUCAGCCACCCAGCAGACAGCAGUAACCUUCUAAACGUUGGCGAGAGAGGGUGAGCGCCUCCGCACUCUUCCCCUUCCCGUAACGCGCCGCCACGCUCUCAGAUUCGCGGUGGCUGAACUUCAAGUGGCUAUCUGAUAAACGCACGCCAGCCAUCGCCUUGCUCCGACUUCCUUAUAAGAACACUACUACUGUCCACCUUAUCUUUUCCCUUCUCUCUCAGUGUAUCUACCUAUCUGUCUUUAUCUCUUGAUCCUCUUUUCUCCAUCUCUUCGUUUCUUCCUUCGUGCCUUCAUUUAAUCCGUCCCUUCCUUCCUUCCUUCUCUCCAUCUUGUCGCCAUCCCCUUCUUCGUCUGCCUCAAGACGCGUCCAGACUUUCAACAAGCGACCCCGGACGUUCUAGGAAGUGGAUAGUGGCAUAAAAGGAAAAGAAGAGCAUCAAAACGUCUUGAAAUGGCUGCUCUCGUGAACCGUACCUUCGGCGUGACGUGAAGCUCGCCUCUCACACACACACACACACACACCAUAUGAGCUUAGUCUCCCGCCUCUCCUAGACACUGGCGAUAAGACGGCGGCUAGGGGCAGUGAGAGCGAUAAAAGGCGAGAUUGAACUAGUGGAGCGAGAAGCAGCGAGAGUGUGAAGUGCGAGAAGUGAGCGUUGAGUGAGGGACCAGUGAGAGACAUGGCCGUGACAGGAACAGACGAUGGGGCGCUGGUGGAGGAGGGGGCACAGGCCAUAGUUAUGACCCCAAGAAGCGAGGCACCAGCGGAGGUCACGCCCUCAGACGCCUCAGCCCUGACACCGACAGAGGCACCCAAGACGACGCCGCAGACGGAGAUGGAGGCGGCGGGGGCGGUAGCGAUGGAAAAUGGACACGUGUUAGGGAUAGAUGAUGGGAUUGAUAUGCCGCCUCACCACGCCCCGCCGCUCCUGACGGUGGAAAACGCGUCUGGGGCCCUUGAGAGCUACGAGGUGCCUGCCCAUGUCCUGGCCUUCGUUCCGCCUGACGGGGGCAUACGGGCGUGGAUGGUGAUGUUUGCCUCCUUCCUUUGCAACGGGAUCAUCUUCGGGAUCAUCAACACGAGCGGCAUCACUUACAACAAGAUCGCCAAAAAGCUACAGGAGGACGGAGACCCCAACGCGGCCUUCAAAGGGGCCAUGGUGAUGUCGCUCUCCAUCGGGUCCACGUUCCUCUUCUCCGUGGUGGCUGGCGUCCUCACCGACACGCUGGGCAUCAGGAUCACCACGCUGAUCGGCGGCGCGCUCUCCACCGCCGGCAUGCUCAUCUCCUCCUUCUUCCCCGAUAAUGUCGAGGUGCUGAUGUUCACCUACGGCAUCAUGUUCGGUGUGGGCGCGUCGCUGGCCUACACGCCGUCCCUCGUCAUCCUCGGCCACUACUUCCAACGGUGGAUGGGCAUCGUCAACGGGUUCGUGACGGCCGGCUCCUCCAUCUUCACCAUCGGCAUGCCCUUCCUGCUCCCGUACGUGUUGGACAUUGGGGUGCAGACCACGUUCCAAGUCCUGGCUGGAAUGACGGCGUUCCUGAUGCUAGCCGCCCUGAUCUUCAAGCCCCUGAUGCCCAUCCUGCCCCAGAGCCGCCCGCGCUAUGACAAUUCCUGCCGUGGCCGCUGCCGGAGUUUCUGGUCGCGCAUCAUCAAUUUCGAGAUUUGGCAGAACAAGCGAUACGUAAUCUGGGCCCUCGCCAUCCCCUCAGCUCUCUUCGGUUACUUUGUUCCUUAUAUUCACCUGGUUGCAUAUGUCAAAGAUGUGUUGGGUGAGAACGUCGACUCCCAACUCUUGGUGCAGUGCCUUGGGGCCACCUCCAUGGUGGGUCGUCUGACUUUUGGCCUUAUAGCAGACCGUGCCUGGGUCAACCGCAUCUACCUGCAACAGGUCUCCUUCUUCUGCAUUGGCACCCUUACAAUGCUCCUGACAGCAGCCAACCACAUGGCCGUCUUCAUCUUCAUUGUGCUGGGGAUGGGCCUCUUCGACGGCUGCUUCAUCUCCCUCCUCGGCCCCAUUGCCUUUGACAUCGUGGGCCCUGUGGGUGCCUCACAAGCCAUUGGGUGUCUCCUGGCUAUCUGCUCUAUACCUCUCACCUUUGGACCAGCUAUUGCAGGAGCAUUGUAUGACCACCUAGGAAGUUAUAUGGUGCCCUUCCUGUGUGCCGGCAUCCCUCCCAUCAUUGGCUCCUUCAUCCUCUUCUCCAUCAGUUGCACCAAGAGCCGUCCAGAGGGCACGCCAGGGUCUCCGGUCAAAGAGCCGCCCGAGAAACAAAACAAUGCCGCAGCUGUAGAUGACCCCAGGGAGACUCACAAGCUAAUGACAGAGGAGCAGCAGAGUCGAGUGUAGACGAAGAGGAGAGAAAAGAGGAGGGAGGCUGGGAUUACCGUGUGAGCAAUGGCGACCUGAGUGAACCGCGGCCCCUGUCCAGCAGCCCCUCUGAUGAAGCUGUCAAGGUGGACGUGAGGCGACUGGCACUCCUGCAGCGCGAGAGUUGUGUCUAGGGGGUGAUUCUCUGUCCUUGUCCUCCUCCCUUUCCAUUCCUUCCUUUUGUCUCUUUAUUGUACCUUUAUUGAUUUUUUAUCUCUUCCCUGACUAUUUUCCUUUUAUUUUUCCUUAUUUCCUUUCCUGUAUUCUUGUAAUUUUUCUCCCUUUAAUUACUACCUCAAUUUCUCCUUUCUUAUCCUCCUUCUAACAUUAUCCCUAUUUUCUUCCUUCCCUUCAGAACUUUCUUUAGGUGUUUUCCUUUUUUCCUUUCUUUACCUUCCCUCACAGUUGCCUGCCCUCGUGCAGCACAAGUGUUGUGCAUAGGAUGUCCCUUCUCAUCCUCAUCCUUGCCCUCUUCCUCCUCUUAAGAGCCCUAUUCACCACAUAUUAGCUUAUGUAGUGUAGAAGGUAAUACUCGUUUUAAACAUUAUGUAUAUAUAUAAAGAACUAAUUCUUUCUAUGACAGCUGCAAGUAGAGCAAGGCCAUUUAUAUUUCAUUCUUUUAUUCUUUAUAACAUUUUCAUUUUUUAGUAUUCAGUAUGAGUGGGGAUUCUUACCAACUUACAAAAGAGAACUUUCUAAAUUCUCCUGAUUUAGUAGUUUUUUUUUUUUUAAGUUAUAAAAUGCACUCUAAUUAUGUAGUGCUUUAGAUUAGAAUUAGUGUAAAGAAUUUAUUUUUGUGAGCAGGGGACAGUCAACAAUAAAAUAAUAGACUGCAUCAUCAUCUAGCACACGUAGACUGAGAUCAGCAGACUCAGCACAGGCGGCACAGAGGCAUGUGUGAUUGGCUCCUUUUCUGGGAGUUUCAGAACAUGUACGUGUUGUUGUUCAUCCAACUGAGAGUCUUUUUUGAAGUACAUAGUGGCCAAGUUCUAAGUAGAAUUUUAUCAUUACUGAUAUUCUCAUGUCUAGAAUGGGAACAAUCAAUUAUAGUUUGUUAUUUUUUCCCACUAUGUGAUAGUGUUGCUCCAAUUUUUAUCAUAUUUCAUGUUUAUACCUACCUAAGGUGGGAAUCAUUGUUUGUUGUUAUGACCAUUGUGUUCCUGGCACGCUAAACUUCACUGACUGACUAAGUGACCAAGAAGGCAGAUGUCAGUCACAAUCACCUGUCUGCGAUUGGUGCUCAUGACUUAACUUAAUGUUCAGAAGCAUUAUAGUCAUAAACUUGUUAAUAUACCUGUUUUUUAUCUUUGUUUUUCACCAAUCAUGAUUCACAUGGACGGGCUCUGUAUUAAGGGCCGGCUUGGUAGUGCUUCGAUCGGCAAGGUCCAGUCAUUCAGCUUCUCUUCCCCUCUUUGAAAAUGCCUUAUGAGAGACACUUUUGAGUCUUAGUGUAGCAAAUGCUAAAUAAUAUUACCAAGUUUUCACUGGACUGGUGAUAUUAAGUGACUAUACCCAAGCCUUUUACAAUUGGAGAUAUUAAGGAAAAUAUUAAUUCAUUUUAUGCUGAAAAUGCUACAUUGCACUAUCAAGUCUUCUUAAUUUACAUAAACAACAAUAUUCAUUGGGCUGAAUAUUGUAAAUCGUACAACCUUUUUUUUUUAGUUUAGGAAGGAGUGUUGCCUACUCCUGCAUAGAGGUGAGCUGCAAGGCAUGAAUAUAUGAACAUUAAAACACAUGAAGUAUCCUCUACCUCUGCAUCAUCCCAUAUUCCGAGCCUUGGUGGAUGCAGGAUAAGUGAAUGAAAGGAGUGGUGUGUGGAAUAUUAAGGGAAAGUGGAGACUGCCAUUGCCACGCUUUCUGAGGAAAGCUAAAAUAAGAACAAGAAAAAUAUUUAAAUAAGCAUUUCAGUAGUGGUUGAAAGAAGGCCAUAGUGUGCAAUGACAUGGCAAGUGUACAGGAACAAGUGGGAAUUUCACCCUCCUGGCCAUGUCAGUAAAGGAAGUUCCAAGGAAAAAGCAUCCAAGUAAUAUGUAGAAAAAAUGCAAGGUGGGGAAGUGAAAGGACAAGCGACCAAGGACAAAGUGCAUGGACAAAACUAAUGCAAAUAAGGAGCAGCUGUGAACUCAAAAGACUACAUGCUUUCUUUGCACAUUUUAAGACACUUUUGGUGUGUUGGAGGAAGUGUUGAAGCUUAUAUAAACACAAAAAUCAUUGUGCAGCCUCAGUAAAAAUGAGAUGAAAUAAGGAGCAGCUGUGAACUCAAAAGAAGAAGAAGAAAAAGAAGGAGAAGAAAAGAAGAUACACGUCUACAUGUGAUUACGUGUGGUCUUUGAAAAUGAAGGGAAGGAUCAACUGGAUAUUCUGUGUACUACUGUUAUGUAUACAUCCAAAUAUGACUUGGCUGGCAUGAUAAGCAAUUUAUUUUCCACUAUUCAGACAGUUUCUUUGUAACAUAUCUACACAUGUUUUUUUUAGGCUAUUCUGUAAAUGAGACACAUAAGAAGGAUAAAAAUAAGACACAUUAAAGUAUU